AUGGAGGAGGAAUCACACUAUUCUGUAUGCUUUGUUUUUACCAAAUCGCAGGGAGAAUUGCCUCUCCAAGGAGACUUCUCUGCUGAACACAUGAUAUUUGGAGUUGAAGGGGUUGAUCCUAUUAGGCGAGAGAAGUUGAUCGAACUGCUCGAUAUUGAUCUGCAGUGGCGUAUGCACAAGGUUUCUGAUGGUCAGCGACGUCGAGUCCAGAUCUGCAUGGGUCUUCUUCAUCCUUAUAAGGUUCUUCUGCUGGAUGAGGUCACUGUUGAUCUAGACGUUGUAGCUAGGAUGGAUUUGCUGGAAUUUUUCAGGGAAGAGUGUGAGAAGGUAAUGUCUACUGAUUUAUUUAUGCAUUCGUGUAUGGGGAAUUAGCUCAUCUCGUUGAAUUGUGC